GCCAUUUUGCUGCUGAGCGCCAAGAGAGAAAGAGCACAUAUUUCUCCGUGGGACACUCCUUGUAUUGGUGGGUGAGAAAUGGGCGACUGGAGUUUCCUGGGGAACAUCUUGGAGGAGGUGAAUGAGCACUCCACCAUCAUCGGCAGAGUCUGGCUCACCGUGCUUUUCAUCUUCCGGAUCCUCAUCCUUGGCACGGCCGCAGAGUUCGUGUGGGGGGAUGAGCAAUCCGACUUCGUGUGCAACACCCAGCAGCCUGGCUGCGAGAACGUCUGCUACGACGAGGCCUUUCCCAUCUCCCACAUCCGCCUCUGGGUGCUGCAGAUCAUCUUCGUCUCCACCCCGUCCCUGAUGUACGUGGGGCACGCGGUACACUACGUCCGCAUGGAGGAGAAGCGCAAAAGCCGCGAGGCGGAGGAGCUGGGCCAGCAGGCGGGUACUAACGGCGGCCCGGACCAGGGCAGCGUCAAGAAGAGCAGCGGCAGCAAAGGCACUAAGAAGUUCCGGCUGGAGGGGACCCUGCUGAGGACCUACAUCUGCCACAUCAUCUUCAAGACCCUCUUUGAAGUGGGCUUCAUCGUGGGCCACUACUUUCUGUACGGGUUCCGGAUCCUGCCUCUGUACCGCUGCAGCCGGUGGCCCUGCCCCAAUGUGGUGGACUGCUUCGUGUCCCGGCCCACGGAGAAAACCAUCUUCAUCCUGUUCAUGUUGUCUGUGGCCUCUGUGUCCCUCUUCCUCAACGUGAUGGAGUUGGGCCACCUGGGCCUGAAGGGGAUCCGGUCUGCCUUAAGGAGGCCCGUAGAGCAGCCCCUGGGGGAGAUUCCUGAGAAAUCCCUCCACUCCAUUGCUGUCUCCUCCAUCCAGAAAGCCAAGGGCUAUCAGCUCCUAGAGGAAGAGAAAAUCGUUUCCCACUAUUUCCCCUUGACCGAGGUUGGGAUGGUGGAGACCAGCCCAUUGCCUGCCAAGCCUUUCAAUCAGUUCGAGGAAAAGAUCAGCACAGGACCCCUGGGGGACUUGUCCCGGGGCUACCAAGAGACACUGCCUUCCUACGCUCAGGUGGGGGCACAAGAAGUGGAGGGCGGGGGGCCGCCUGCAGAGGAGGGAGCCGAACCCGAGGUGGGAGAGAAGAAGCAGGAAGCAGAGAGGCUGACCACGGAGGAGCAGGAGAAGGUGGCCAUGCCAGAGGGGGAGAAAGUAGAGACCCCCGGAGUGGAGAAGGAGAGUGAAAAAGAAGAGCUGCAGUCGGAGAAGGUGUCAAAGCAAGGGCUGCCAGCUGAGAAGACGCCUUCACUCUGUCCAGAGCUGACAACAGAUGAUGCCAGACCCCUGAGCAGGCUGAGCAAAGCCAGCAGCCGAGCCAGGUCAGACGAUCUAACCGUAUGAAGUGAUGCCAAA